CUGAAAACUACAUAAAUCCCAAAAAAACCCUACUCCUUGCCCUUUCUUUUCUUUUCCAAUUCUCGAAGUAAAAGAAACACCACCACCACCUCCACAACCUCCAGCAGCGGCAACCAUGGCUAACUAUGAUCUGACACCAAGAAUGGCGCCUCAUCUUGACCGGCACUUGGUGUUUCCUCUACUGGAGUUUCUCCAAGAACGGCAGCUAUAUCCAGAGGACCAGAUCUUCAAAUCGAAAAUUGAGCUCUUGAACAAAACAAACAUGGUCGAUUACGCCAUGGACAUCCACAAGAGCCUCUACCAUACCGAAGACGUCCCUCAAGAUAUGGUGGAGAGAAGGGCGGAGGUUGUGGCCAGAUUGAAGGCCCUCGAGGAAGGUGCGGCGCCGUUAGUAGCGUUUUUGCAGAAUGCGAGCGCAGUGCAGGAGUUGAGGGCGGAUAAGCAGUACAAUCUUCAGAUGCUUAAUGACCGUUAUCAGAUUGGUACAGAGCAGAUUGAGGCGCUAUAUCAGUAUGCCAAAUUUCAGUUUGAAUGUGGAAACUACUCUGGUGCAGCUGACUACCUUUACCAGUACAGGGCCUUGUGCACUAACAGUGAAAGGAGUCUCAGUGCAUUGUGGGGGAAGUUGGCUGCUGAGAUUCUGAUGCAAAACUGGGAUAUUGCUCUUGAAGAACUGAAUCGUUUGAAAGAAAUAAUUGAUUCAAAGAGUUUCUCAUCACCAUUGAAUCAAAUGCAAAGUCGAAUAUGGUUGAUGCAUUGGAGCCUUUUCAUCUUUUUCAAUCAUGACAAUGGAAGAACACAGAUUAUUGACUUGUUCAAUCAAGACAAGUACCUCAAUGCCAUUCAAACCAAUGCUCCUCAUCUUUUGAGGUACCUAGCAACUGCAUUCAUUGUCAACAAAAGGAGAAGGCCUCAAUUCAAAGACUUUAUAAAGGUCAUACAGCAAGAGCAGCAUUCGUACAAAGAUCCCAUCACAGAGUUUUUAGCAUGUGUCUAUGUUAAUUAUGACUUUGAUGGGGCACAAAAGAAGAUGAGGGAAUGUGAAGAAGUGAUUUUAAAUGAUCCAUUCCUUGGCAAAAGAGUUGAAGAUAGCAACUUUUCUACUGUGCCCCUUAGAGAUGAGUUUCUGGAAAAUGCCCGCCUAUUCAUCUUUGAAACUUAUUGCCGUAUACAUCAGCGUAUUGACAUGGGAGUCCUUGCCGAGAAAUUGAAUCUGAAUUAUGAUGAGGCUGAGAGAUGGAUUGUAAAUCUUAUUAGAAACUCAAAGCUUGAUGCUAAGAUCGAUUCAGAAUCAGGAACUGUCGUCAUGGAGCCAAAUCAUCCCAAUGUGUAUGAGCAGUUGAUAGAUCACACCAAGGCACUGUCGGGCCGUACUUACAAGUUAGUCAAUCAGCUUCUAGAGCAUGCACAGGCUGCUCGAUGAAAUUCUUAGUGCAGUUCUCGAGAUUUAUUGUCAUUUUUCAGUAUCUGGAAUUUUGUUUCUCGUUUAAAAGAUCAGAUUCAAACUAUAGAAAAUUGUACUGAUCAUCUUUUCCGGAUAAGUUAUCUAAUUAUAGGUUGAGAAAUUAAGUUAAGAGUAUGAGAAAGACAUUUUAUAUUCAAAUUUUUAAUAUUGCUUUAAGAGUGAUUGUGGUGGAAA